CCAGGUUGGGGCCAGGAAACUAAGGGACCAAUGAUUAUUAUCGUUAUAUCUACGAUGACAGCUAUUGCCACCCUCUUUGUGUUGGCGAGGGUUUACAGUCGCCUAAUCUCUUUGGCAAGAUUAGGGGCUGACGACUAUCUCCUCGUUCUCUCCAUCCUUCUCACUAUCAUAUACGUCGGUCUCGAUGCUGUCGCCAUCUCCCAUGGCGCCGGCAAGCAUAUCGCAACACUCCCGAAGGACGAUGUUUCCAAAGCAAUCUUCUACGCAAUUGUGGCGUCUGUGCCAGGAAUAUUGUCGUUUACCCUACCCAAGUUUGCCGUCGUCAUCCUCCUCGUUAAGGUGUUCAACCCAGGUCGAUGGCACAGAGCCUUUUUCUGGAUCAUAUCGCUGCUGUACUUGCUCGGCUCGGUCGGGGGCGCCAUUCUCAACUUCGUUGAGUGUACGCCGGCCGCAGCACAAUGGGGGGACGUCAAGGGAGUCUGCUGGGACCGGAGGAUCCUAUUCAGCUACGCCGUGGCUCACGGCAUCUUCUCGGUGUUCUUCGAUUUUUACCUCGCAAUAUACCCCACCAUUAUCAUCAGCAAACUUAUCCUCAACUGGAAAAAGAAACUGGCCUUAUCGUUGGCGCUCGGGUUUGGAUACUGUGCCGCAGCCAUCUCCUCCUACAAGUGUUACACCCUACGUGGCCUACUUGCCAUCCAAGAUUUCACAUUUGCUGUUGAUGAUAUUAUACUCUGGACAAACAUAGAGAGCAACUGCGUUAUCAUCGGCGCAUGUAUUCCCUGCCUAUACCCGCUCGUGAAGAAGAUCUGGGGAUCGACGGCGCUC